AGGGUCACUUCGAUUCCUCUCAUGCCAUGCUUUUGCUCAAUCGGUCCCUCUUUUCAGCCCACUUUCGUCGCCAUUUUAUUUGAUUUGCUUUCAUCCAACUUGUUUCCUUCAUUUUCUCUGUUCAAUCCUUUUUUCAAUCAUCUUCUGCUGCCACUCUCUGCGCAGCAUCUUCGCAUCCCAUUACACAGAUCACCUCAUCCUCGCACGUUUCUCAUUUCUCACCCUUUCUUUUCAUUUGAUUUGAUUUGAUUUCAUCCCAACUCGUUCCCUCCAUUGUUUGCGCGGAUCAAUCCUUCUUCCGCUACUCUCAGCACCUCAUUUUGCCUCCCUUUACUAAAAAUCAGCUUAUUUUAACUAUUUUCAUCCUUUGUUUCAUAUCCUCAUCUGAUUCAUUUGCUUCUUUUGUUCUGUCUUUAUUCUUGUUUGGCACCUAUAUAUUUUUCCAAACUCAAAAAAAAAAAAAAAAAGGAAAACGAAAAAAUUAGAAGAUGCCCGAGCCUUGUUUUUGUGCGUUUGGUCAGAAUGCUGCCGGAAAUUUUGUUGGGAACUUGUUCAGUGGAAUUUUCACUCUGAUCUCAAAGCCAAUUAUUCUUGUGUUCAAGUGCGACGAUAAUGUUGACUAUUUGAAGAACAAAGUUGCUGAGCUAAAGGAUGAGAAAGACACUGCGGAGAACUAUGCUGAAGGUGUGGAAAGAAGAGGGGAAAAGAUUGUACAAAAGCUCAGGAAUUGGCUGACCAGCGCCAACGAUCGCAUUGAAGCCGCAGACAAAUUAGUAGCUGAUGCUGAAGGAAAUGCCAAGAAGAAGUGUUUCUUUGGGCUGCGUCUCAAUCCCAAAUCUCGUUACCAACUCAGCAAAAAAGCAGAGGAGAAUUCCAAGACUAUUGAUAAACUUGUGAAUGAAGCUCGUGGAUUCAACCUCGCCCUUUCCCACACUCCUGCUCCACCAGAAGAAGUGCCUGCGCCUGUCAAAGGUUUCGAGGACUUUUACUCAAGAAAGGAUGUUCUGGAGAGGAUCAUGGAGGCACUGCAAAGUCAAAGCAGCAGCAUUAUAGGCGUACACGGGAUGCCUGGCGUGGGGAAGACGAUGCUGGCCAAAGAAGUAAAAAGAAAGGCAGAGCAAGACAAGCUUUUCGAUGCGGUAGCUAUGGCUCUUGUUUCAAGGAGUGCAGAAUUGAAAAAAAUUCAAGAUGAAAUUGCCCGUGGCUUGGGUCUUGAUCAGCUUCCUAAUGGAAUUACAACUCAGAACGCUGCUGAACGUAUUAAAGACAGGCUGAAGAAUAUGAAGAAGGUUUUAAUCAUUUUGGAUGAUAUUUGGGUGCCUGGAAUAGAUUUGGAGGAGCUUGGAAUUCCUCUUAGAAACAACCCAACAAAGAUUGAGGGGAGCUCGUCUAGAGAAGGAUAUGUAGAAUGCAAAAUUUUGCUGACAUCCAGAGAUUCUGAUGUUUUAUCAGAUCUGAUGGAUUCUCCACAGCACUUUUCACUUCAUCAAUUAAAAUUUGAAGAAGCAUGGGAGUUGCUUAAAAAGAUAGUUGGUGACAGAGCAGAGAGUGAGGAGCUACACGGUACGGCCAUUGAGAUUGUCCGGGAAUGUGGGGGCUUGCCCCUUGCAAUUACAACAAUUGCAAAGGCUUUGAAAAAUAAGAAGCCUUUUGAAUGGAGGGAUGCUUUGAGAAAACUAAGAAAGCCCUCUUCAGAAAACUUUGAUGGCAUAUCUGCAAAUGUUUAUUCUGCUAUUGAGGUCAGUUACUCUAGUUUGGAAAGUGAGAAGCUCAAGAAAACAUUUUUGCUUUGCUGCCUACUGGGUCACAAGGCCUCAAUUCAAGACUUGUUGAAGUAUGGUGUAGGCUUAGGCUUAUUUGCUAACACCAUAGAGGAAGCACGAGAUGAAGUGUUUACUUUGAUAAGCAAGCUCAGAGCCUCUUCUUUGCUUAUUGAUGAUUCUGAUAACAAUUGUUUUGAUAUGCAUGACCUUAUCCAUGAUGUGGCUGUAUCAAUUACAAGUAGGGAUCGUCAUGGGUUGCUGCUAACAGGUGAUCAUGUACCGAAAGAGUGGUCAGACAUGGAGGCAAAGAAAGAUUUCAAAUGGAUAUGGAUGCGAUAUGCUAAUGUUGAUGGGUUACCAGAAGAGUUAGAAAGCCCUCAUCUUACUCUCUUUUGGUUGGCUAAUAAAAAUCCUUCUCUGCAAAUUCCUGCAAACUUUUUCAAGGGAAUGCCAAGGCUCAAGGUAUUGGAUUUGACUCACAUGCAUUUGUCAUCCCUGCCUUCAUCAAUUUGCCUCUUGCAGAACCUCCAUACAUUAUGUUUGGAUCAAAGCGUGUUGGGGGACAUACGCAUUAUUGGAGAGCUGAAGAAUUUAGAAAUUCUUAGCCUUGGGUUGUCUGAGUUUGAAGAGCUUCCAAGGGAAAUUGGGCAGUUGACUCAGCUAAAGUUAUUAGAUCUGAGUGCCUGUAUCAAACUCAAAAUAAUUCCCCCAUGUGUCUUGGCAAGUAUGUCCAUAUUAGAGGAACUGUACCUGGGAAACAGCUUCCACGGAUGGGAGGUUGAGGAAAAUGGAAAUCAAAGAAAUGCGAGCCUUGCUGAGUUGAAGCAUUUGAAGAAAUUGACUAAUUUAGAGGUAUGCAUUCCUGAUAUUCGGAUGAUCCCAAAAGAUUUGUUCUUUGAAAAUUUGAAAAAAUUCAAAAUAUUCAUCGGAAGUAAGUGGGAAGACCAAUAUAGUUCCUUUGGAAGCUCAAGAAUAUUGAAGUUGCAUUUAAAUGCAUCCAUUAAUUCUAACGAUUUAGUUAAAAUGUUGUUGAAGAAGGCUGAAGAGCUACAUCUAAGGGAGCUGGCAGGUGUAGAGAAUGUGGUUGAUGAGUUAAAUACGGAAGGUUUUCCAGAUUCGAAGCGUCUCUAUGUCCGUAAUGCUCCAGAGGUGGCAUUCCCUAAUGUAGAGAUAAUAUUGAUUCAAUUUAUGGAGAGCUUGAACAAGAUAUGGCAAGACCAACUUGAUGCAGAUUCUUUUUGCCAACUAAAUUACCUUUGUGUAAAUUCAUGUGGAAAGCUAUUGAACAUUUUCCCGUUAACCAUGUUGGAAAGGCUUCAGAAAUUAGACAAGCUGCAGAUAUGGAAUUGCAAUGCGCUAGAAGAGAUAGUCGAUUCACAAGGGCUUGGUGCUAUCCAAUCACAAUCUCAAAUAAGCACUGAGCCAACUUUGGUAGAAACUCCCAUUAAGUUAGUCUUGCCAAAAUUGACACACCUUCAACUUUAUGGGCUACCCAAACUGAAGGGUUUCUAUUGUCAAAUGGUAGAUACUGAAUGGCCAUCAUUGAAAAAAUUGAAGGUGUAUGGAUGUGACCAAGUGCAGAUAUUUGCUUCAGAAUUUUCGGGCUUCCAAAGGGCUAAUGGAGAUGACCAAAUUGGAAUUGGGAUCAAUUGUCCUAUUUUCUCAGUCAACAAGGUGGCAUUCCCUAGUGUAGAGCGAGUAGAGAUUCAGUGUAUGGAGAGCUUGAACAAGAUAUGGCAAGACCAACUUGAUGCAGAUUCUUUUUGCCAACUAAAUCUGCUUGGUGUAAAUUCAUGUGGAAAGCUAUUGAACAUUUUCCCGUUAACCAUGUUGGAAAGGCUUCAGAAAUUAUACGCGCUGCAGAUAUGGAAUUGCAAUGCGCUAGAAGAGAUAGUCGAUUCACAAGGGCUUGUUGCUAUCCAAUCACAAUCUCAAAUAACCACUGAGCCAACUUUGGUAGAAACUCCCAUUAAGUUAGUCUUGCCAAGAUUGACACACCUUCAGCUUUAUGGGCUACCCAAACUGAAGGGUUUCUAUUGUCAAAUGGUAGACACUGAAUGGCCAUCAUUGAAAAAAUUGGAGGUGUAUGGAUGUGACCAAGUGCAGAUAUUUGCUUCAGAAUUUUCGGGCUUCCAAAGAGCUAAUGGAGAUGACCAAAUUGGAAUUGGGAUCAACUGUCCUAUUUUCUCAGUCAACAAGGUAAGAGCUGUAAGUAUAUUCAUAGAAGCAUGUGUCUGUAGAUAUGCAGUUGGUUUCAAUACCACUAAUAAACUGCAAAAAGUGAAAUUGACUGUGGAUGAAGAUGAAGGGUUCUGGGAAGGCAACCUUAACUCCACCAUAAAAAAGAUGUUCGCAGAAAAGGCUGGAUAUCAUGGGUUGGAAGACUUGAAAUUUUCCGAAUUUCCUGAGUUGAUUGAAAUUUGGUACAAGAAGCCUCAGGAAAACUUGCCUUUCAGAAUGCUUAAAUUUCUAGAAGUUGAUAAUUGUAGCAAUUUGACAUACCUUCUAACCCCUUCCAUGGCAUUGGGCCUUGUACAAUUGCAUGAUCUGAAAGUCACAAACUGUGCCAUGAUGGAGCAAGUGAUAACGGGAGAAGGAGCUGAGGAGACGUUUCCUCUCCUAAACUCUAUUCUUUUAGGGUCUUGUUCCGUCUUGACGUCUUUCUAUGAGGGAAGCAGUAGGCUCAGAUUUUCAAGUUUGAAACAAAUUACUGUAGCUAACUGCCCAAAUCUGUUGACUUUUGCUUCUUCAUUUUCAAGAGAGCAAGGGAAAGAGAUGACUGCCAAUGACAAAGGAAAUGAACAAAGGCCUGAACUCCCUACUCAACCUUUCUUCAGUGAGAAGGUUGUGUUACCCAACCUAGAGGAGCUGCAAUUGCGUUGGAUGAAUGUUAACAUCAAAUGGCACACUUCAAUAACAUAUUUAUGUGUGGGGAAAUUGAAGAAAUUGAUCAUUCAAGACUGUGAUAAUUUGGAGUACUUAUUCUCAUCUUCUAUAGCUAGAGGUCUAGUGAUGCUCGGUCAAGUUGAAAUAAGGGAAUGCAAGAGGAUGAAAGAGAUUAUUGUCACAGAGAAUGCAGAAGAAAAAGAGAAUUUAAUUUUUCCCCAAUUGAACUUCCUAUUGCUAAAAGACCUUCAAAACAUUGUUGGAUUCUACUCAGGAAAUUGUAUUGUUGAAUUCCCAUUCUUAAAGCAACUGCAUGUAUUUAACUGCCCAGAGUUGGAAGGAUUCAUUGUUAAAUAUUUUGCAAGCACAAAUGUCACUGCUGACAAACAACCAUUCUUCGAUGAACAGGUUGCUUUUCCCAACUUGGAAAGUCUGACUCUCAACCACUUGAAAAACUUGGAUAUCAUAUGGCACAACCAAUUCCAUGCAGAUUCCUUCGGCAAACUAAAAUCAUUAUCAGUUAGUAAUUGUGAGAAGUUAUCCACUGUUUUUCCGUCUGCUGAUAUGCUGGGAAGAAUAUGGAAAUCCCUAGAGAUGUUAACUAUAUAUCAUUGUGGCUCGCUAGAAGUGGUAUUUGGAAUUGCAGAGUUCAAUGUCAAUCAAACACAUGCUAGAAUAGACACCAAGUUGAGAGAAUUGAAUAUUUAUGGUCUACCAAGAUUGAAGUAUGUGUGGAAUAAGGAUCCCCAAGGGAUACUCACUUUCCACAGCCUGGAAUCAGUAGCUAUAAGAUCUUGUGAGGGACUCAAAAUUUUGUUUCCAGCUUCAAUAGGCAAAAGCCUUUCGCAACUUCAAAAGCUACAUUUAUCUAAUUGUGGGGUGGAGGAAAUUGUUACAAUGGGAGAACAAGGAAAAGAAGCAAUUGUUGACUUUGAAUUUCCUCGAGUGUCAAGUCUUCAGCUUGAGCGGCUACCAAGACUCCAAUGUUUCCAUCCAGGGAAGCACACGGCAGCGUGGCCAAAAUUAAAAAAGUUCCACUUUUCCCUUUUCAAUCAAGUAAAGAGAACAGAUGGCAGUUGGCAACUUGAUUUCCCUGUACGACUACCACUUUUCUCCAUAGAGAAGGUCAUCCCUCAGUUGGAAGAAUUGUCACUAUCAAGACAUGACAUUACAAUGAUAUGUGAACACCAAUUUAAAGAAGACCUCUUUUUCAAUGUCAAAGCUCUUAGAAUUUGUGGCUAUCUUGAUAAUGAAUCAGAUGUUUUACCUGUCAGAUUACUACAAAGAUUCUGCCAUUUAGAAGAGCUUGUCGUGGAGUCUUGUAAUUUUGAAGAAUGGUUCCCUUCAAAAGGAGAAGUUGAAGAACAAGAGAAACACAUUGAAAUUGAGACACUCUCAAGGAUUAAAAGAUUAAAUCUAGUUAGCCUUCCAUAUCUCAGAUGUAUAUGGAGUUGUGACUCGUCAAUUGUUCCUCAAAAUCUUGGAACUCUUCAAGUGUUUUGGUGUGACAGUUUGAUUAGCUUGUCAACAUCACCUGCCUUUUUCCAAAAUCUUGUAACUUUGAAUAUAAGCGGGUGUGGAGCAAUGGUAAACUUGGUUUCCAUCUCAAUAGCUCGAAGUUUGGUGCGGUUAGAAAGACUGAUUGUGUCAUGGUGCUACAUGCUGACUGAAAUAGUUGGAAAUGAAGGAAAUGGAACCCAAGAUUUAAACAUGAUCACUUUUACUAAAUUAAGAUUUUUGAAACUUAUAUUCUUGCCAAGAUUAGAAAGCUUUUGUUUAGGGAAUUUCACCUUCAAGUUUCCAUCUUUGAAAAAGUUAAUUGUGAUUCAGUGCCCCAAAUUGAUGAUCUUCAAUGAGGGUGACCUAAACACACCACUACUACGGAGAGUAGAAUUAAUUGAAGGAGAGGACAAGUGGCGUUGGGAAGGUGACCUUAAUACCACCAUACAAAGAAUGUAUAUGGACGAGGUUGGAUUUGCUGGGUUACAACUUUUGAUGCUGUCAAGUUUUCCCAAGUUGUUAGAAACAUGGCAUAUCAAGAAUCCUCAAGGACUCUUAGAUUUUAGACAACUUCAGGUGCUGGAAAUUUGUAAGUGUAGCAAGUUCAAGUACCUAUUAACACAUUCAAUGGCCUUGGGCCUCGUGCAACUCAUGCAGUUAAUAGUAAAAAAUUGUGGAACAAUGGAACAAGUGAUAAUGGGAGAAGGAGCAAAAAAUAAAAUGGAAUUCCCACAUCUUUGGUUGAUCAAUCUAGAGUCUUGCUCAGAUUUGACAAGUUUCUAUGUGGGAAGUCAUAGUCUUGAGCUUCCAUCUUCAAUUGAUUUUGUUGUAAAAGACUGCCCAAAAAUGGUCACAUUUGUUGCGUCUACAUUCUCCAAAGAACACAACAAAGAGGAAUCCCAAUAUCUCUUUAGCAGCAAGGUAGAGACUCCUAACUUGGUGUUUUUGAGUUUGUCUUCAAAUAACAUUCAACGAAUUUUGGACAACUCGAUUCUUGAAAUCUCUUCUUAUGUCCAAAAUUUAAGAAAGUUGUGUGUGGAGGGUUGUGGUAAUUUGGAAUAUCUAUUGACAUCCUCCAUGGUUAAGAGUUUUGAGCAACUGAAUUGGCUCAAGAUUUGUGAUUGUAAUAUGAUGGAAGAGGUAAUAUUUGCAGAAGAAUCAAUGGAUGAGGAAAGGAUGUGCAAGAUUUUCUUCCCUAACCUGGAGUUCCUACUGCUCCAAGACCUUCCAAAACUCACAAGAUUUUGUUCUGGAAAUUACUUGGAAUUACCAUGCCUUUGGAAACUUAAGAUAAGCCAGUGCCCUGUGCUGAAGACUUUCAUCUCUAGCUUCUUUUUUGGAGACAUGAUAGCUAGUACUGAAAAUGUCAAAAACACAUGUACACUUUCCCUCUUCGAUGCAAAGGUGGCAUUUCCCAAAUUAGAGCGUCUGGUAAUUGAACAUGUGAAGAGUUUGAAUAAGAUAUGGAACGACCAGCUCGAAGUAGAUUCUUUUUGCCAAAUAACUUUGGUGAGUGUGGUUUCAUGUGAAAAGUUAUUGAAUAUUUUCCCAUUUAGUAUGUUGGAAAGGCUUCAAAGACUAGACAAGCUCCAAAUAUCGAACUGUGAUUCACUUGAAGAGGUACUUGAGUCUCAUGAACCUGGUGUUUGCCAAUCACAAGUUCAAAAGGCCACUCCGCUACCUUUGUUGGAAACCGUCACAUGCUUGGAGGAUGAUGUGAAGGAUGAGAUUGUCUUUAGCAAACUCAAGUAUUUGCAACUUUGUUGUCUGCCUAGACUUUCAAGCUUUUUCUCGGUUAAAUGCAAGUUUGAGUUCCCAUUUUUGGAAGAGGUGAUUUUGAUGGAUUGUCCAAGUAUGCAUACUUUCUCUAGGGAUGAAAUAAGAACGCCAAAACUACAAAAAGUAAAAUUGACUAGAGAUGAAGACGAAGGCUUUUGGGAUGGCAACCUAAACUCGACCGUACAAAUACAGUUCAUGUGAAAGAGUCAAGGUGAUUCUGAAAAUUGAGAUCAAAGAAAUUGCGGUUCAUGUCCUUUCCAGGUGAAAAUUUGAUGUUUUUUGCAGGUCUGAAUGGUGUACGGGCGUACGGCAUAAGUUGGCUGUGAAGUUGUCACAUUGCUUGGUGGCCAGAAUUUUACCUCACUAACUAAAAUUGAUCCCUUUGUUCUACAAAAAAAAAAAAAAAGAAAAGGAAAAAAAGACAGAUCUUUUCUAUUUCUCGAACUCAUGUGUAACUUGUAAUAUGUAUUAUUAAAUUCAUGCAAAGACU